UUCUCCUGCUUCCGCUCUCAGUCUAAUUGGGUCUCUAACUUCAAAAUAUUGGAUGCUCACCUUAUUCUAUCGUUAAUUGGUCUCAAGAACUAACUAUUCCUUUUUUAUUUUUUAUUUUUUUUCUCUUACCUCUUCUUCUUUCAGUCGUUCAACACCGACUUCUCGCUUUCGUUUUCUUUCACCAGCAAUCUAAGUGGUAUACGAGAUCCUGUUGGCAAAAAAGUCAACAAAGACAUCCGCCGAGCAACCGAGAUAGUUGCAACUGGCAACUGGUAACCUUGAAAACCUAUUAUCUGGUAACGUCGAUUGUGUCAAUUUGGUUCGUGUUCGGAAUAUUUAUAUUUAUUCGGCGAUAGCCUUCCAAUGAGAGCUACUCGAUAAGUUCAACCUCUUGAAAGAUGGCUACCAAACCGAAAAUGCCCAACCCAUUAAAUGGGAUGCAUACGGCCGGUAUCUUCUCCGAUAUGAGCAUCGAUGGUCCUGAGAUUGGAACGCUUGUCCUGAUUGUUGAUCGUGCAAAGAAUCUCCCGAAUAGGAAGACUAUUGGGAAGCAAGAUCCCUACUGCGCAGCUCGGCUUGCAAAAGAAGCCAAAAAGACCACUACGGAUAUUCGAGGUGGCCAGACUCCCAAAUGGGACCAGGAGCUUCGAUUUAUAGUUCACGACUCGCCUGACUAUUAUCAGUUAAAGCUAUCCGUAUUCAACGAUGAUAGGAAGACAGAGCUGAUAGGCGAAACAUGGAUCGACCUACGAGAUAUCAUUAUACGCGGGGGUGGACAGAGUGACCAGUGGCAUAGCUUGAAUUGUAAAGGGAAAUAUGCGGGCGAGGUUAGAAUCGAGAUUACCUACUACGACAGCCGCCCAAAGACAGAGAAGCCAAUACCAAAGUCAAACGGCGUAACUACAAAUCCUGACGUAGAACCCACCAGCAUACCUCAAAAGGCGGUGGUGAAGCGACGACCGCUACCCUCUGAUCCUGUCACUGGUCAGGUACCUUCGCCAGCGGUGGCAGACCAAAUGCAUACCUCAUCCCGACCCCAGCCAAUUUCAUCUUCCUUCGUUCCGAGUCACGCGCCUUUACAGAUUGCCGAAUACGGUACAUCACCCUCAAACAGACCCAGUAGCCAGCCUGAUCAGUAUUCUUUAACACAUCCCAGCGGGAGUCAGUACCCGGCGGCAUCCCACCGAGCAGAGCAUUCACAACACCGGCAGUCAGAUAGAGCCUACAAGCUUCCCCCACAAGAUAUCGAACAGUCACGUUAUUCUGAUCCCGCUUAUGGCCGGGCGUAUGAGCAAGAAACUAGAUCGUCUUUUUACGAAUCCGCCCCACCAGUCCACCAUCCUCGGCAAUCGCUUGAACUUGACGACUGUCCUCCGCCCCCCCCAGCUCAUCGAGUUAGGAACUCGAGCCUAGGUUCACAGGAACUAGUAACUCGUGGCAGCUUCGAUAUGUUACAGCAUAAAGCUCCUCCACAUAUGAGACACGACGUCCUACGGAGUGAAGCCCAUCGAUAUUCAGUACCUUCGGCGGCACCAUCAUCUUAUCCAGGUCGACCUACGUACCGCCCUUAUGAGUCAGCUCCGGAUAUGCAAAGCAUGGUGCCAUAUCGCGAGGCUGAUGCUUACCGUCAAUCAGCACACCAUUACUCUUACGACCCGACGUAUGGUCCUCACCACCGAUCCAUGCAACCGACGGUAGAGGAUGUACCAGAAUCAUGGACACCACCAAGUAGUAGGCCACGAGGUAGUGGAUCUAGAACGUAUCAGUAUGAUGAACAGGGCUAUCAUCAAACUUCGAGUCCCGCGCCGUCUGGGCAUUAUAGCCCCUCUCCCAUCUCAUCUCAAGACCAGUACGAUUCCAGCGGGUAUAACAAAUCACCAUCACCCAUGGUCGCCGAGGAUUACUCACAGGCACUCGCUCUAGUGCCUCGAUCUUCGAGGCGGAUAGAUCAUACUCUAAAUUAUCCAAAUGAAUUAGAAAAUACUCAAGUGCACGCGCCAAGCGACUUUGACCUACCGUCUGUACCUGCAACGCUGGUUCCAGGAGUCGAUCCAGCUAUGGCACGUGAGAUUUCGGAUCGCGCCCAGCAAGAGAGGAAGCAAGCACGUCGAUAUACCCAGCCGCCUCCCACGACCGCUCCAACUCGAGGAAGACAGCAUAGUGAGCCUCCUUCGAAUUAUGCCAUUCAACAUUCUCCCAACCCCCAUCCAAGCAGCUCAAGAGCCCGUGACAGAAGUCCAAUGAAUUAUGCUGGCGGAUCUACUACUCCUUCUGUACCAGCAUCAGUUUCGAGGCCUCGGGGAGUCUCUCCAUCACCGAAUGCUACUCACACGAUCAAACGAAAAUCAGUCAGUCCAGCACCUCCCCCAUCUGAUGGUCGGAGACUGUCAGGGAUACCUUUCGGUCCAGACUCCUAUGACGCUCUGAACCCUACCGUGGCGGCGUCGACGAAGGAUGGAGAGUAUACAAAUGCAGACGGAAAGAUAGUGACACCAGAUGGACGAGAAGUGGACCCCUCAGAUCACUUACCCAUGGACACCUGGGCGCCGGAACCAGAGCCAAAGAAGCCCAUCGAGCCCACAGAAACUCGGUCACGUCCAGUGCCUGCCGGGGCGCAGCCGAUGCCACCCUCUACGCGGCGAGCACCCCGUACAAGUACUCGACCUCAGUCGGCAAUAGCUGCACCACCGACAUACAUCCCUCCCGAUCCCACACCUUCUCCCCCUGUGAGCACGGGGCGAAACCGUUUGCAGAAAAAGGCACAUCGUGCAUCAGCCUUACCAGCGCCAAUCUCCUCGGGGCCUAAUCCUCUUGGCCCUUCAACGCCUCAUCAGCGGAAUAGUACUCCCCCCCGAGCGCUUGUUCGUGCUGGCACCUUCGAUUAUGAAAAUCAUGGCCCAGGUGCGCCCCGCUCAGGAUUUGGCGUCGGGCCGCCCAUUCCAGCCAAAAUACCGAUGAUGAGUGGUGGCUUGGGACCAAGUCCGGCACGAGGAGACGAAGAGUGGGCGCUCAUGGAAGAAAUGAGCAGGAUUGAUAUCGGCACGGGCCGAGCACGACGUCACGGGGGCUAUUAAUGACGCACGAAGCUUUACGAAUUCGAAAGAAGACGUUGUAUUAUAUGUAUAAUGUGUUUGAAGCCAAGGAGGUUGGGUAGGUACCGGUUACUUGCUUUUUGCCCUUUUGUAUUUCCCUUUCUUGUCUCUCCGUCCGGUAUCUUGGGAGGGUUAAUCACGUUUGGUCGUGAACAUAUAGACGAGACGUAAGGAGGGAAUUUGGCGUGUGGAGAAAAAAACAUUACUUGCGCAGGGCCUGGAAUUGGAAAACGGUCUGAAUCUCGGUUUGGACUCGUAUGGCAUAUCCCAGUCUAUGUGAUUUACUAGAGGCUGGGAAGUUCAGCGGUAGCUUCCGUUUGGUAUGUCUGGUUUUGAUAGGUAACCCCUGAAAAUAUACAAAGGGGUUUGAAACAUUUUUUGUUGUUUUGUUUUUUUUUUUUUCGCCUGUUUAUUUCACGUAUGGCGUUUAGUACAAUUAAUGUCACCUAAUGCCCAUGGGAAUCGACCAGGACUCAGCUUAUACUUGUGUUAUUUUCAACCUUCGCUGUACAAUUGAACUACGCAAUCAGUCUUGAUCCACGGUUAGGUAGGUAGGUACCUUAGGUACGUA